AUGGUUAAAAAGGUUACAUUUUCGCCGCUCUUAGCAAAAAAGAAAGUUGGAUUGAAAUCGCAUGUGAAUAAGUUCCGCAAGUUUACGAAGCACCCGGAAGAUUAUCUCAAAUUGCAGAAACCUCUGGCUAAAAAGUUAAAGUUGUAUGUCAAAGAAAUAUACGACCAUGGCGCGAAGAAUCCAACUGCGGCCCUCGAUGAACCAUUGCCUUAUCUUGACGAACUAGUCACGGACGAAAUGGAUGAUGAGCAAAUUUGGCAGCAGCUAGAGCUCAAGAAUGAAUAUUUCAUUGAACAGGAUCUGAAGAAAUUCUUAGAUGUUGUGUCGAAGAAUGAAAAACGUUUGCAACUUUCAUUCAGCACGAAAUCCAUUUCCCAGGAUGGAUCCGACGAAGGUUCGUCCGUUGACGAGAUGCACGAAUCGGAUGAAGAGAACGGAGUUAAUGGAGAUGCAAUGGAUUCAGAGGCAGAAAACGAGGCAAACGGUGAUGGGAUCGAUUCGGAAGAAGAAACGGCACCGGAAAAAGUAAAAAAAUCAAAGAAAAAAGAGAAUAAACAAUCCAAGUCCAAGAAAUCGAUUGUAGACGAUCGAUUCUUCAGGCUGGAUGAUAUGGCAAGGUUCUUGGACUUAGAAGAUGAUCGUGAGAGGCGAAAGCAGAAUGGGUUGUCGGAGAAAAACCCUCUCAUCGAGAUCGAUUAUUUUGAUGAACAUACCGGAGAGGACGAUGGCGAUGAAGCAGAUUUGAAAUAUGCAGAUUUCUUCGAAGACGAAGAUGAUGAAGAAGAUGAUAGCGAAGACGAUGAAAGUGAAGCAGAUGAACACGACAAUAUUGAAGAUGAAGCUAAUAAUGAUGAAGCUGACGACGAUGGGGAAGAAAACGACCUUGAGCAAGAACAGGAAGGGGAAUUGUCCGAUGAAGCAGAAGUUGAACGUAACCGGAAGCUGCGGUUCGCAAUAUAUCAAGAGGGUGGAGGCUUACCGUUGCAGCCAGAAAGACCUGCCAAGAAUCCGGUAAUAGAACAACCGGAAUCGAGUGACAGUGCAAGCGAGGGCGAGAAAAGUCAAGACAAAGACGAUGUACCAAAAUCUUCGUACGAAAUUCGGCAGCAAAAGCUCAAAGAGAAGAUAACCCAAAUGGAAUCGAAACUGCUGAAGGAAAAACCAUGGCAACUGAAGGGCGAAAUUUCCGCCGAAACACGACCGAAGAAUUCGUUGCUCGAAGAGGUGCUAGAGUACGAGCAUACAACCCGCCCUGCGCCAGUUAUAACGGAGGAAACGACAAUGCGGUUGGAAGAUAUCAUAAAGCAACGCAUCAGAAAUAAAGCUUACGAUGAUGUGGAGAGAAAGGUGCGCCCACCGGAUAAUCCUCGCGAGUACCGGAAACAGUUAGUACUGGAUGGGGAGAAAAGUAAAGAGUCACUGGCCAAGGUGUACGAGCAGGAUUAUUUGAAACAGCUUGAGAAAGCUAAUCCCGAUGCUGAUGUUCAAGCAAACGAAGACGAGGAACCGAAGGAACACAAGGAAAUUCGAAACAUGAUGAAAGCCAUAUUGGCACAGUUGGAUGCAUUAUCGAACUUCCACUACACGCCACGCCCGGCCGCUCCAGACCUGAAGAUUCUUACCAAUACGCCUGCCAUCAGUAUGGAAGAAGUUGCACCGGUUGCAACGAGCGAUGCCACGUUGCUCGCUCCUGAGGAAGUGCAUCGACGACCGAAGGGAGAUGUCAUGUCAAAGGAGGAACGUACCAAGACGGAUCAAAACCGCGAACGGCGGUUGAAGAAACGUUUCCAGCAGGAAAAGUUCCGUCGCGAAGCGGAACGCGAACAGAAGCAACUCGAGAAGGCGGCGGGAAAGAGCAACUCAAAACAAAACCGAGCACUGCAAACGUCUCUACUGAAGAAGGUAACGAAGGCGAAAAAUGUGCAGCAAAUGGUGGAAACUUCUUCUGGACCGGCCAAAUCGUCCAGUGCGUUCUUCUCGCAACUGCAGGAUGAGGUUCGGUCCCAGGUUAAGGCAAAAGCCGACGGAGUGGCGAAAAAGAAGAAGAAAAACACUGAAACCCUUAUUGCCAGCAACUUUAAGUUGUGA